GCACGCACAACGUUCGGAACAUGGCACCUGCUGGCAGGGCUGUUGUUGUGCUAGCGCUCUCGUUGCUGUGCUUAUGCGGCGCUAUCAUUUCUACCGACUAUUUUUCCACGCUCGCGUUCUUUAACGGCGAACUGAACGAGCGAGGCUGCGCGCCGUCGUCCGACUGGGAGGAGUUUUCACCGGACUGCGAACCCAACGUUCUCCAGCUGGAGGAUCCUGACUGUGAGGACGGCGGCGGCGGCAGCGCGGCCUGCGAGUCGGUUUUCUCUCUGAACGCAGAGAAGAUUCUGAGCCAGGCCAAGCUGUUUGUGGAGCAGCGCCGCUUUCCGUUCCCCGUCGAAGACUACAACACCAACGAGGAGCUCGCCAUAGGAUACGUCCUCAUCGGGAACGGGCUUUACGAUGAAGCGAUCAAACACUUCUCCCUGCUCCUGCAGGGAGAUCCAGAGCUGGUCAGUGCCAUGUACGGGAGAGGGAUAGCCUACGGGAAAAAGAGCUUACAGGACAUAAAGAACGCUGACUUGGCUCUGUACGAGUUAAGCAGAGUGAUCACACUGGAGCCCAACAGCCCAGAGGUGUACGAACAGAGAGCGGAGAUUCUCUCUCCUCUCGGAAGGAUUAGUGAAGCUCUGAGUGACCUCACUAAAGCCAUCCAGCUGCAACCUUCGGCACGACUUUACCGCCAUCGAGGGACCCUCCUCUUUAUUUCAGAGGACUACGUCGCUGCUAUGGAGGACUUCCAGCAGUCUCUGGAGCUGAAGAGGAGUCAGCCAAUUGCCAUGCUCUAUAAAGGCCUCACCUUCUUCCACAGGGGCCUGCUUAAGGAGGCCAUUGAGACUUUUAAAGAAGCGCUGAAGUUGAAGUCGGACUUCAUCGACGCACACAAAAGCCUGGCUCAGGCAUACAGGGAGUUGGGGGAUUUUGACAGCGCCAUGGAGAGUUUCCAGAAAGCUCUACUGCUGAAUCAGAAUCACCUUCAGUCUCUCCAGCUCCGAGGGAUGAUGCUGUAUCAUCACGGCAGCCUGCAGGACGCCAUCGGCAACUUCAAGAGGUGCCUGCAGCUGGAGCCGUAUAACGAGGUGUGUCAGUACAUGAAGGGCCUGAGCCACGUGGCCAUGGGACAGUUCUACGAAGGCAUCAAGGCUCAGACAAAAGUCAUGCUCAACGAUCCGCUGCUGGGCCAGAAAGCCAGCUCGGAAUAUCUCAAAGUCAAAUACCUCAGAGAGUACUCUCGAUAUUUGCACUCUCACCUGGACAUCCCCGUCGCAGAAUACAACGUGGAUCAGGAUCUUCCGGGGAACUUUAAGAACCACUGGGCUAAAAAUCUGCCCUUCCUUAUCGAGGACUACGAAGAGCAACCUGGACUGCAGCCGCACAUAAAGGAUGUUCUACCUCAGGAUUUUGACAGUUACUCUCCAGAGGUGCAGAAGUUGAUCUGUACGGCGGAUCAUCUCGGCAUGCUCAUGCAGUACAACACAUCAGGGUUCCUGUCCAACCAGCGCGUCCACAGAGCCAUGGGUCUGGCCACCAUCGAGGUGAUGCAGGCGAUGCAGCGGACGUGGAGUAACUCCAAAGUGCGCGUCAACGGCAAAACCAGGCAGCUCCAGUGGAGAGACAUGUUCGACAUCGCUGUUAAAUGGAGGAGGAUCGCUGAUCCAGAUCAGCCUGUUCUGUGGUUGGACCAGAUGCCUGAACGGAGCCUGAGCAGAGGAUUUAAUAACCACAUCAACCUUAUCAGGGGCCAGAUCAUCAACAUCCGAUAUAUGGAAUACUUCAGCAGCAUCCUGGACUUCAUCAAAGACAGGAUAUUGGUCUAUCACAGCGCGUAUAAUCCACGAGGAGUGCAGGAAGUGAAACAGGCUCUGGAGAAUGUGAACAAAGUGGAGGACCUGCUGCCUAUAAUGAAGCAGUUCAACAGUAAAACGAGAGACGGCUUCACGGUCAACUCAAAGGUCCCGAGUAUGAAGGAUCCCGGGACGGAGUACGACGGCUUCACCAUAACCAUCACCGGAGACCGGGUGGGAAACAUGCUGUUUUCAGUGGAGACUCAGACCACAGAGGAGAGGACACAGCAGUACCAGUCCGAGAUCGAGGCUCUUUAUAAAGAUCUGACGGCUAAAGGCAAAGCGCUCAUGCUGUCCUCUGAGCUCGGGGAUUCGGAUGCGGUGUGUAACCUCGUCCUCUCUCUGGUGUAUUACUUCUGUAACCUCAUGCCCCUGUCUCGAGGCUCCAGCAUCGUGGCCUACUCAGUGGUGAUGGGAGCUCUGAUGGCCACCGGGAAAGAAGUCGUCGGCAGAAUUCCAUCUGGGAAGCUGGUGGAUUUCGAAGCUAUGACCACGCCCAGCCCUGAUCGCUUCACCAAAAUAGCCAAAAGCUGGAUGAACUUGAAGAGUCUGCCCAGUUGGUACCAGAACCUUCCGUCUGUCGCCGAGACGUUCCAGUUCGCCAGAACCAUGAUCGAGGUCCUGAACACCGACUCGUCCUCGCACUGCCCCAAAAGAUCUUAAAGGCCGUCUCUAUCCUUUCUGCCUCUCGUUUCUCUUCAGUCUUCCUUUAUAAAGAUCUGUAUCAGAGUCUUCAUUCAUUCAUUCAUUCAUUAACCCCAGAAAGCAGUUUUACUGAAGUUAUUCGAAAGUACGCCGAAAACCAGACACACUUAACGAACUUGAAACCACUUCAAUCUUACUUGGAGUCCUGUGUUUUAAAUUUGUGACAAUCUUGUGGAUUUUUUUUUUUCCUUUCUCUUCUCCCUUGUUUGAGCACAUCAGCCUUAACAUGUAAAAGGGCUCAAUUAUUAGCUGAUGGUUUUAAAUCAGGAAAAAUACACCACUGUUCAGAACCAGGAUUAUUGAAAUACUUGUUUACGAAUGAGCGAUUUGAAGUGAAGCCUUAUGGGGGGGGGUUUCUGGUUGCUCCAGAUGUUCGAGUGAUGCUCACAUCAUCAUCAUCAUCGACUCUCACAUUACUGUGAACUCACAAAGGAAGAACAUAUUCAUCUGUUUGCUGAAAUGCAGCUCGUUCGCUGUGUUUUAGUUCGAAACAUUGGGAUUUACCUCUUGAGGUGUUUUAUUGUUCAUUUUAACUGAGUUUCAUAUCAGGGUCUUAAGUACUGAUUUGAAGAACGGCGCUUUGAGGACACGUCAUUUUACUGUCCAGGAAUUAAACUUGAAGUAUCGAUCUGUGAGGCUUCUAAGAGCAGCACUGGACAUGAAUAAACAUCUUGAGUUUCUGCAAA